AAAGCAACAAGAGAACAGAAGAAAAGUGCCAACGCUGCACUGCGAGUCCUUGCCGUCUCUGCCAGCAUGGCACAAACAACAACAACAACACAGCCAAUCAUGCAACGUGGACGCCACUGCUGCUGCUGCUGCUGCUGCUGCUGCUGCUGCUGUGUUGUGUGGUGUGAAAUGUGAAAUGUGACACAAACACAUGCACACGCACACGCACACGCACACGCACACACACGCGCACACGCACCCCGCUUGCAUCGAUUGCACUCAAGCCGCAAAACCGCUGGACUGGCAACCUCCAUCCAUCAAUCCAUCAAGGCGCACCACUACAACACGCUGUAGCGGCCUUACAGUGCAGCAUUGCAUCACACACACACACACACACACACACACACACACACACACACACACACACACACACACACACACACACACAUGUCCACUGACUCGGUUCGCGCGUGGCUGCAGCAGUCGCCCUUGUACCGCGCCGAUCGGUUCAUGCGCAUGCAACUCACGGCCUCUGGCGGGUUUGCUGCGCACAUUGCGGACCCGAGCGGGUUCAAUGCCUGGCGCUCUGACGACUUUACCUUCGACACGCUGCCGCGCGAGCUGCGCAUCCUCAUCCUCAGCUUUCUUCCGCCAGAGGACCUGUUUCGCCUCGCAGCCGUCAACCGCAACUGGUAUGACAUUACCAACGACCCCAUCCUGUGGCGGCACGUGCUGAUGCAGGAGAUGCCACUGUGGCCCACUGUGACGUCGGCCACGUUUCCAAACCACCACGCGCUGUUCAAGGACCCAAAGGCGACGUAUCGCCGCUGCUCCCCGCUGAUGGGCGAGCACCGCGCCGAGCUGUCGCUGCUGCCUGCGUCGUCCCCGCCGCCCGUGGUGCGCCACCUGUUUGCCCGCCACCGCCGCUUCCGCGUCGCCGUCUUUGGCGCGGGCCUCGAGCACAUUGCACACGGCCUGGUCACCGAGAUUCUCUGGGGCGAAGACAGCCCCUUCCAGGUCCUCGGCAUGUCCCCAGGCACAGAUGGUGUGGGCGGGGGCGUGUCGCUCAGGGUGGAUGCGCACACGGCGUUUGACAUGAUCACGCUGUACCAGAAGACGGCUGCGGAGCGCGCGCGCCAAUCAGACGAGGACACGGGGCGGCUGCAGAAUGGGCGGGGGGAGCUGCGUGAGAGCGAGCGGCGGGUGUGCGAGCACGUGGACGCGUUUGUGAUGGUGGUUGACGCUGCGCGGCUGGGCGACGCGGCAAGCGCAGCGCAUGUGCGGCGGUGCUGCGAUGAACUGCAGCUGUUCAUGAACCCGGCAUGGACCCGCACGUGUGCACCGCUUGUUGUCUGGAACUGCUCCUCAAGUGCAACCCCGCGCAGGGCCUCUGCCGUCCAGGCGGCGGAGGUGCUGCGUCUGCCGAGCCAGCCGCGGGUGUGGCGCGUUGAGGACGUCUGUGUGGAGAACUUUGCCGGCCCCAUCUCCCGCACCGCCCGCUGGCUCGCACCAUCUCCCGCACCGCCCGCUGGCUCGCACGAAACAUCGCUUGAUACCGACACGUGGCACAUCGUGCACACCGCUGCGGAGCACACCUUCCCAUACUGGGUACAUAUGCUCCUUCGAUUCGACAGUGAGGGAGGGAGAGAGAGAGAGAGAGAGAGAGAGAUGAAAGGGAGGGGCGCUGUGGGCUGUGCUCCAGCGAUGUGAUGUGGACGGACACCAAUGACGCACGUCAACUACAGCGCGGCUGCGGUAGUGCGACACGUGGCACAUCGUGUGUGCGUUGCGUGUUCGUUUGUGCUUCUGUUACUUCGAGUGUAAACGCUUCGCGUGUGUGUAUUUUUUUUUUUCUUCCGUUCAAGCAAUCGUUUAUGUUAUCGUGGCCUUACGCUCUUGACCCCACAUAUUCAGAAGAAAAUACACAAGCAAACAAAG